AUGACUCUUUCCAACAUUCUCGUCUCAGGUUUGCUAGCAACCUUCGUGUCCGGAGCUGCCUUGUCUCCUCAAAAACGCCAGGAGGCAAGAUCUGGCACGGCCACUGUCAGUCUUGCCGAACCGUCUGGAACACCUUCUCAUCUGGCAUCCGGCAUCAUCUACGGGCUUCCUGACAGUGAGGAUGGGUCCGCAAACACUAAUAUACCCGAAAACCUUAUCACUGGCAUGGGCCUGAACUACUGUCGAGCUGGCGGUGCCCAACUGCCUGACCCAGCCCUCGGCUGGGUGGCUGGACAGUACGAGGGUCGGUGGAUAUCGGCAUUGUCCAACUAUCACACCACGAGAAAGUACGGAGGCCGGUUCACCCUCCUCAUGCAUGACCUAUGGGGCGCAGAUGGUAUUCAGGGCAACGAGUUCCACUGGCCAGGGGACAAUGGAAACUGGACGAGCUACGAUGCCUUCCUCGACCAGGUAUUCUCUGAUAUCAAGUUGCACGAUGCCAGUCCUGGUCUUGACAUUGAUAUCUGGAACGAGCCCGACAUUGGUAUCUUCUGGGGCGCCUCCCAGGAGCAGUAUCUAGCAACUUGGCUUCGGACAGAUGAAUUGCCCGAGGUCCUCAUCAGCGGGCCCUCUGCCAGCCAGCCUGCAACGGAGAGCAGCUCAUGGUGGCAGAACUACAUGAGAUUUAUUGCGGAGAACGACGCCGUGCCUGAUAUCUAUACCUGGCACCUUCUAAUCCCUAACAGAAAUCUCCGUGAAUCCUCAUCCCAGUUUGACAAGCUGCGACGCCGCAACAGUCUCCCGGAGCGACCGGUUGUCAUUAACGAGUAUGCAGCUUGGGACAACCACGAGCAGAGCCCUGCCGGUGGCGUAUUUUACAUCUCCCAGCUUGAGCGGCACAACACGCACGGUCUACGCGCCAACUGGGGAAGUGCGUCCAAGCUGCAUGAUCUGCUGGCCAACCUCCUCGGGAAACGGGAUGGCGAGUAUUACCCCGUCGGCGAGUGGCACGUCUACAACUACUACAAGGAGAAGAUGACGGGUGACCGAGUCGCGACAAGCCCCUCGGAGGAUGAGCUGUUUGAAGUAUAUGCGACUCACGGGGGCACGGUCGGAUCGGUCAAGAUCCUUGCCGCCGUGCGUCCCGUUGCCGGGAGGAGGACCUAUGACCUGACCGUCACGGGCUUGGCCCAUUUAGGUUUCCGCGGCACCCGCGUCAAUGUUAGGACACUGAGAUUCGACGGGCCGGAUAUUUCCACAGAGAUUGGGGACCCCGUAGACCUCGGCGUUGUUCAGCACGAGGUAACUGAUGAUCAGGUGACAUUUUGGGUUCUCCCCGAGGAAGUCACGACGGCUUACGCCUUUGAGUUUGUUCAGUAA